AUGAUUGUCGAAAAUGGGACCCACGAUAUUGAGAUCGAAAGUGCCCAUGGCCGUCUGCUGGAUGCAGUCAACACAAUCAUCACCUGCCUGGCUGUGCUUGGUAACGGCAUGGUCAUCACCGUUAUGCUCCUCAGGCGACGAGUGUUCAGCUCCUUCACAAAUCGCCUCAUCCUGCAUCAGUCUAUCAUCGAUUGUGUUGCUGGCGUUGUGUUUUUCUCUCAUCAGGUACUUUUGAAAAACAUCCUGACACCUGUGUCCAUGAAGGAUACUAUCAUUGGUCAGUUAUUGUGUCGGCUCAUACACACACAUGUUUCCCUUUGGUGCAUAAAUGUAACGUCCACCUACAACCUCGUCGUGAUAUCGCUGGAGCGAUUUAUGGCGACCUGCUAUCCGGUGAAGCAUCGCAAUUCUUGGUCUGUCGCUAAGCUGAAAUUUGCAAUAGGAACUGCCUGGGCCAUUGGCUUCAUAUAUGGUUCGCAUUAUAUAUUUAUGUAUGAAGCAGGUCAGGAUGGUUGUCAACGUACGACACUGGAGACUGGUCUGAAGAUUUUUGAAAAUGUAGUUGUGGCGUUUAUUGAGUACUUAGUGCCCAUUACUAUUUUGAUAUAUACAUACAGUCGGAUAAUCAUCAAGCUAACCAAGAAAUCUGCUAAUCCCAUGUACGGUCCUCGAAAUGCCAUGAACAAAGCAAAGAAGAGCGUUCUUGUUACGACAGUCCUGAUAGGUCUGAUGUUUGUGGUGUGCUGGACACCAAAGGUAGUGUUUCGCACUUGUUCGUUCAUCAUGGGAAAAAAUGAUGGCUGGUUUUAUGCCAUUACUAAUAUCCUGGUGGCUUGCAACACGUUCGUCAACCCGAUCAUUUACUGCUUCAAGUACGAGCAUUUUCGGUCGGAGUUGAGGAGCCUGGUCAUCAGGAGGUGUCGUAGAAACCGAGUGGAGGACAGGAAUGCAAUUCCAAUGCCAGCUGCUGCCCCGAGAAUGAACCCAAACUUAGCAGUUCAGUCAUUGUAG